AUGGCGUCCGCCUUCGACGAGGAAGACCUCUCGAUCCCUCUACCUUCCUCUGCUACUCCUCGUGAACGUGCCACUAAGCCCAUUAACCCCUCCGCCAUGGCAAUGCCGCCGCCUCGCCCGACCGGGCGAGCGAGCCCUCGACGCAGUCCCCCGCGACCACGCGAGACAUGCAGCGUCUUGAUCAGUAUCAGACGAUCAAGAUACUCGGAGAGGCCCAGUGGCCGGCAGGUCGCCCUAAAAAUCAUCUCUCGCCGCAAGCUCCUCUCUCGGGAUAUGGUCGGUCGUGUAGAGCGAGAGAUUCAGUACUUGCAAUUGCUAAGACAUCCUCAUAUUAUUAAACUAUACACCGUCAUUGCCACCAAGACCGACAUUGUCAUGGUCCUCGAGUACGCCGAACGAGAAUUAUUCGACUAUCUCGUCCGCAAAGGAAAAUGUAACGACGACGAGGCCCGCAAAUUCUUCCAGCAGAUCAUCUGCGCCGUCGAGUACUGCCACCGACACAAGAUCGUUCACCGUGAUUUGAAGCCCGAGAAUCUGCUUAUCGAUAGCCAGAAGAACGUCAAGAUCGCCGAUUUUGGAUUGAGUAACAUUAUGACAGACGGAAACUUCCUCAAAACCAGCUGUGGUAGCCCGAACUAUGCGGCCCCCGAGGUGAUCUCUGGAAAGCUCUAUGCGGGACCUGAGGUGGAUGUUUGGAGUUGCGGUGUGAUCCUCUACGUGCUGCUGGUGGGCAGAUUACCCUUUGACGAUGACUAUAUCCCGGCUCUGUUCAAGAAGAUCGCUGCGGGUAACUUUCACAUCCCUGGAUAUAUCUCUCCCGGGGCUGCCCGCCUGAUCCGAGCUAUGCUACAGGUCCACCCGGUGCACAGAAUUACCAUUGCGGAGAUCCGGGAAGACCCAUGGUUUACCAAAAAUAUUCCCAAGUAUCUGGAGCCCCCGCCGGAGGAAUACAUCGCUACAGGAGUGGAUACGAAUAAGCCCAUCGAUGCCGGCAAAGUUGUUCCGGGCAAGCCACUUCCCGUACAGCUCAAAAUCCAUCAGAUCGCCGUCUCAAAACUUGAGCGAAGCAUGGGAUAUGACAAAGACGAUAUUGAAGACGCGUUGCGGCACCCGGAGCCUAGUGCUAUCAAAGACGCAUUUUCCAUUGUUGUUGAGAACGAGAUGAUGCAGACGAACUCCCCAACAGAAGAUAACUUGAUGGUCCAGAGUGUUUCUCAGCCAACAAAUGCUUCCCCAGUCGCUGAGCGGGUCCUCGCGCCGAAAGCUCAAACCCCUCCAGCCCCGGCGCCAGCGCGCGCUCCACCAGUUGCCAGAACCCCCAGCACGCGGCGUGCGCAUCCGGAAGACUAUCAAUCAGGCGAUACUGAAGACUUUGAGCCACCUCGUGUGAGCCAUGUCCGAAUUUUACCUACAAGUCUGCCGUAUGUUCAUGACCAGCUCAUGGAACAACGGGAUCGUGAACAAAGAGCCCGGCAAGAAGCUGCUCGGGCUGACCCCAGCGCCCCUCAGCAAGAGUUAUCACAAGAUGAUCAGGCCCUCUCGGCCCGGGCACUGAAGCCUCACUCGCGCAGUGUUGUCGAUCUGGAUAAGUUGCGGUUUGAGCCGCCGAUUGGCCAUCCUAUCACCCAGCAGCCUAAGAGGUCUCGGAAGUGGCAGUUUGGCAUUCGUUCCCGAAAUCAGCCUUAUGAGGCGAUGUUGUACUUGUACAGGGCCAUCGCUGCCCAGGGCGGGAUGUGGGAUAUCAAGCCGGUGGAGUCCGGCACAAAUAUUGGACCCGAUGCAACCCCGGACCCUGCUAAGCCAAAACCUCUGCAGAGCAAAUACCCAGAUCUACCCUCAGACUAUUAUAUUCCCAACGACCCCUGGUUCAUUCGUGCGCGCCUUCUGAAGGAGGGUGUUAAGGCCCCAGGUGCCUCGACUAGCGUUUACAAUAGCCGCAGUGACCUGGAAGAGCUUCGUCGUCGCUUCCACAUCUCUGGUAUUUCCGUCCCAUUCGAGGACAAGGACAAGGAUGGGAAGACCUCUACACCCGAGACCAGCACACCCUCAGCCCCUUCCUCUGCGAACCAACCCGGUGGUCUACCAAGCAUCUCCCACGGCGUUUGGGUCUUCCUAGACAUCCAGCUGUAUCAAUUGGAGGAGAACAACUACAUGGUCGAUUUCAAGUGCGACGGCUACCAAAAUGUGAUCCGCGCCCAGAGCGACACUGAGUGGCACCCAAUCAGCAAGCGCCUCAAGAAUAAGGAGAAGGAGGUCACCAGCCCGUACCCGUUCCUCGAUGUGGCCUCCGAUCUUGUCGCCCAGCUGGCUGUGGCUAGUUAG